AUGCAGAAAUUCAGCGAGUGGAUUCGAAAGAAGAUAACCCACCGCGGCGGCCCUCCAGACCAGCACGGCGAGAGGCCUUCGCGAAUUGCACCCCGGCCUCGUCUUCAGCGGCCGCGGACGCCCAUAAUACCGAUUAUCCCUUCUAACCGGCGGCCGCUGUCGUUGGCAUAUGCGCCCAGCGCGCCGGACGAGCAGUGGGCGACGGAGAACAGCCUCUUCUUCACGCGCUUGCCGCCGGAGAUCCGGCGGAUGGUGUAUGUUGCUAUGUUCGGAGCGAGGACGAUACACAUCAGCCUGAACUAUUCCAAUUCCUACGUUGCUGGGAAGGCUCAUGCUCGCCUCGACACGAUCAAACGGACGGACGACCACAAUUUAGAGUGGCGCUGGUGGCAUUGUGUCUGCCAUAGGUACAGAAACCUCCCCUUCUGGAACGACCGCUGCGCUCUGCCGCAGUAUACGUCCUGUCGUGCCCAUUAUGGAGAUCAUUCAAGCUGUUUCAUCGGAGUGCUGGAGUGGCUCCUGACGUCGCGCCAGUGCUAUACGGAGGCGAUGUCAGUUCUCUAUCACACAAAUACAUUCAUCAUCAACGAUGAAUUUUUCGAUGGUCUCAUAUUCAAGCUGCCCAAUUUGAUCCCAGGGCAUUAUAUCAAAGGAAUCACCUCUCUUGAACUAACAUCUAGAAUCAUCCCGGACGGCGACGCCAUGGAUGUUGGAGACCAUGCUGCACUGGUUGCAUUUCUCUGUUCUUUCUUCCCCCACCUACGCUGCCUGCGCCUACACAUCAGGAGAGGCGGCAGGUUCUUAGAAAGGCACGCCCACGAAGUAUUUGGCUGGAUCCAGCCUGGGCUUUGCGGCUAUCCUCUUGUAAGCGCGGCAAUCUUCUAUACUACCGACCAGCUGGUUCACCAUUAUUCAACCAAGCUGAAAUGCCUAGAAGUCGCUUUGGAUAAAUACAUCUACACCAGGGUCCUUAUGGCCCAGCCGGAGGAGGUUAUCAGAACAGAGGAAUCGCACCCAAGACAGUCCUGGCGCAGAUUCUGGCGACAAGUCAACACCCAUGACGGACUUAGUCUAGGCUACUAUGUCAUGGAGGCAGAGGAUCAGGUUCUUAUCCCGAUAGACACAUGCUUAUAG